CGCACGCCGGCCGAAUCAUUUCAGCUCAGGUUUCGCUAGCCUCUCGUUUUGCGCUCAUUUUGCGGCGAAGUGCCGACAGCGGAGAUUUUAAAUUUUGUUGUUUUGAAAUAAUUUGCUCCCUUUCUCAAGAAAAAUAAAUAAAUAAAUAGAGAUGAAAAGGACGGUGAUGCAGUUGUGGAUCCUGCAGUCUUUGAUUCUGAUGACUUGCGGAAACCCGACGGGGAGAAUUUCUACAGUAAAUGAUGUUCUGCAGUUAGUUUAUCAACUUUGCUCUACGAGUGAAGACCUUCGACAAGAAAGGUUAUCGUGUGUGAGUUCGCAUAUGGGCAAAGAAGUGGUGCCUGUGAUGGAGCAGUGUAUGGCCGAUCCAAGGGACACGAAUACCACUCAUUCCGUGAAAGAGUUCUGUGAACAGCUCACUCACGUGCCGGAAUGGGUGGCCAAGCACGCCAGUCCACCGCCGCAGCUCACCAGAGUGAUGGGCCUGGCUGCUCUGGGUCGAAUGGCCUGUGUCUUAGGGGAAGUCCAGAGACCUCUGCCCAUGUGGCAAGCUUCUUUUGCAAAAUGUUUUCCUGAAUUUCAGUCUACAACUUCUUUAAAGAAAGACAGCAUCAAAAACAGAAGCGAGAAUACUUUAAGCGAAGGGGCAGAGUAGCAGCCAUUUAAGUGCUCUAAGUUUUCAAAAGGGUUCUCAUCGUGGAUUAUGUGAUAAUGAAUGCUGUUUCCCAUCAGCAUCGUCAAGACUGGAAUUGUACAGGCAGAAUUCUCUCAAAAGAAUUAAUAAGCAUUCUCACAGGAUGAAAAGCAUUUCGUCAUGUUUACACCAACAAAAACCUAAUUAAUUCUUUGUCAUUUGCUAGCAUCAUCAAGUGAUUCUGCAAAGGCAUAAUAUAUGCAAUUACUCUGGUUUAAACACGAUGCAAUAUUUAAUGAACUGAUUAUUGACUUAAAAAACUUCUUAGUUCAUAGAUAAAAUAUUCCAUAUUUUUGAUAAUUUCAUUUUAUGUUUACCUUGUGAGCAGUACAGAUGCUGCAUGUGCAUAUAAGUUUGUACUACUAAAUGAUUUGGAUUUGCCUCCUUUCAAGUGGAAUUUAUAUAGUUCUUCUGUAGGUUGCACAGUAAGUAGCUUGAUUCCUUCAUCUUAAGCAGUCACCUCAUGUGUGAUAAACAGAUUAACUGCCAAUGAAUAAUCUUGAAAUCAAAAGAG